AGUAUCAAAGUAAAGUCGCUGCAUCGCCUCAGAAGUAACCUUCAUAGUCAAAGUGAUCAACAUGAAUUUGCACUGUUGGCUGGUCGUCUGCGGCCUCAUGAUCACCGCGGACUCGCCUACGCGAGUAUCUGGGCGUGCAUUCUUUGCCAUCAACCUUGAUCUGACGAAGGGAGGCAUCAUUGGUGGACUUCAUAGAGCUUUCUUCGGUGAGCCUCCUACACCACCACCCCCAACGACAACUCCACCACCACCACCACUUCCAGCGCUGCCUCCCCCCGGAUGGUUCCAAUGGUUGGCUUUAGCAGCACAGAACCCAUACUACCUUAACAAUAUACAGUAUACGACGACUCAAGCUCCUACUACCAUAACUCAACCACCAACAACCACAACUCAACCAACGACUACCACUACUCAAUCAACAACAACAACUCAACGACCAACCAUGACCCAGCCACCUCCAAGCCCAUACCUGAUGGCGGGUGGUCCCCUAGAUGGAAAGCCAGAAUUAUGGAACCAAUGGCUCGUUGAGGCUCCGGUACAGCCUUUGGGGCCGAUGCCAUCGCUAUAUAAUAGUUUCUAUCAGUUAUCAAUGGCAAAUGGAAACCUGGGGAAUAAGGUGGAAACAAUUUACACGGAUUAUGGCAUGCUAGGAGGUCCUACCGAACGCAAAAUGAAUCUUAAACUGGUGACGAACGGUAGUUUCAUUCCACCAAGCUUUACGCCAAGUCCGAAUUGGCGAAGUCUGUCUUGGAAGAAAAAAUAAUUCGAAUUGUGUAUGCCAAAAUUCGGCAUAAUUAAUGACUAUAUCACCUUGCUAUAUCAAUUCUCAAAAAUCAAUUGUAAAAUUUUCCAAUUCAUGAUAUGCAAGCAUGCUUAGAAUUCUCGAGUUUCUCUAUUUCGAAUAAUGCACAUUGCACACCCGAUACCUAAUAAUAAAUAUUGAGCUGCUAUCAUCCGGAAACAUGUGAGAGAGCAAGGCUAUUCCUCAAUAAAAAUGAACAAGUUUUAUUAGAAAAUCUGAAACUGUAGUGCUUUGACUUUGUUUUUUAAUUUUUAAUUCAGAGAAACUAGUAUGACUUUUAAACAUGUGUUGGUAAAUAAUGAAAUUACUGGGUAAUUAAUUUAAUAAUCCAAUUUUGUGGGCACUUUUUGAACUUUUGUGGGUAAUCCGGACCCAUUUUACACCGGCUAAUUGAGCGCGUAUCAGAAGUACGUCCACUCUCAGCUUGUGCUGUGGGCAAGAAUGCGAGUCAAUAUUUCGUCAAUAUGGAUAUUUAUAAUUUCGACACUUAUUUUUCUGAGUGUCCCGCUCACUGAGUCCCGCUCUCACAGUGAAAUUCGUAAACUACUCAUCACUAUUAAUCAUGGGGAUGCGCCAAACUUGGGUUAUCACAAACGAGUUUCGCAAAAGUUGUCAGCAUUCACAUUUUUAAUUCCCCAAGUGAAAUAUUUUUCUUCCUCAUUGUUCUUGUGAGAAGAUUAGCAUGACUCACAAUUUAUAAAACAGGUAGCUGAAUAAAUUUAAAGGAGUUGGGCAUCGCUAAAACGUAAAUGCGAACUGUAAAAUCACUGAAUAACUUGAGAGGCAUUGGUGAUGACGGAAGUAUUAAGUUAUCUAUAGUUAAGUUGAAUUAAAUGUAGAGUUGAAGUACUUAAUCAGGUAAUUGAUUGAUGCUUGCUGAUUAACCUGAUAUAUUUAUAAGCUUCGUUAUUUGAAUGGCAGUUCAUUCGGAAUAUGCUCGGAUUAUGCGACAUCAUGAUUUUGUCCUAAUGAAAACAUUUAAUAAACUAUUA